CCUCCACACCAUCUCCUUUCUAUAAUGGAGUCCCUCCCUAUUCUCCUCCUCACAUCCCUCCUCUUCCUAUCAACCUUCCCAAACCCCUCCGCCGCCGCCUCCGCCACCAGCCAGAAGUACAUAAACUACCUGAAAACCGCCUGCGCCGGCACCACGUACCCAAAAGUCUGCUACACCUCCCUCGCCCCUUACGCCUCCACCAUCAAGACCGACGACGUCAGGCUCUGCUCCGCCGCGCUCUCCGUCACCCUCCAGGCCGUCAGGGACACGUCGUCGCUGGUGUCGCGGCUGCGGAAGCGGGCAGGGCUGGGCAGAGGAGACGCGGCGGUGCUCAAGGACUGCGCCGAGGAGAUCCAGACGACGAUCGACGAGCUGAAGCAGACGGCCAGGGCGGUGGCCGGGCUGAGGAAGGGCUCCACCGCCGCCGAGCGGGCCAUGGGCAACAUAAGGACGUGGCUCAGCGCCGCGAUCACCGACGAGACCACGUGCACCGACGUGUUCGACGGCGAGGACGUCAGCGCGGCGGUGAAGGCCCCGAUUUGGAACAGCAUCAAGAAGGUCGGAAGGCUCACUAGCAACGCUCUGGCUCUCGCCGACAAACUUAUGGGAUAUUGAGGAGUCGGCGGCCAGAUCUCUGGUUUGAUUAAUUAAUUAAUUAAUCACCCCUUUGAUUGGUGAUCAUGUGAUCGAUCUGGAUUGUUGCAGUCUGAGUCUAGUCUACUGGUUUUGUUUUUUGUUUUUUUGUUUUUGUUUUCGGGGGUUGUGAACAUGUUAAUGAGUUGAAUUUGCAUGGAUAAUAAAUUGGUACGAAUUUCAUUUGAUUAAUCAUGCAGUUUAGACCUUGGAGAUGGAGUUUCUGAGUGUGCUGCUCUGGGCCUGCCCUAUUGGGCCAAGCUGACCAGGAACCAUAUGGCAACAGGCCCAGUUUACCUAGAGCCCACUUAUAGUUGCACGAGCCACGAAGAAAAGAUGCCGUGCCAAGUGGUCUGGUACGUAUGUUGUUAUUUCGGUCAUAAUCCUCUCUGUUUAUUCUGUCAAAGAUCAAUCGUUAAAUAAUUAUGUUUAUUUUGUAACCGCAUUAUUUAUAUUAGUUGAUUGAUCCUAACGAUAUAAUCGGUUAUUCGUUAUUAUGUCGGUAAAUAAGCAGAAUAAUUGAUUGGUCACCGAAUCCACAUGCAAGAGGUCUCUUUCUUUUCUUUUUACCAAUUGUGCAUUUUUAUAGAUUAUUUCACAGCUUCUUGAUGAAUAUCUGCAACAAUACUUGAAUGAAUGGUGGCGGUGAAACAGUACAGUAACUAUAUAUCAUCUUCUUAAAUGCCUGUGAAGGAGUGGGGACGGUGCGCAUGUGAAUGCCUGUGACGGUUCAACCGGAAAUUGGACCAAAAGCGGUAUGGUGAGCUGCUUGUACUGAUUAUAUCGUGCCGGCCGGUUUUUUUGGUUUGACCGGUUGAACCGGUCGGUACGAUCCGGUUUCCUGGUCUAUGAUUCAGCUUCGUUUCUACGUAUUCUCGUUCAAUAUGUAGAAAAUAAUUUAAAAAGAAUAUU